GACUACUAACUUUAUGAUGAGAAAUGGUAAAUGUUUUUAUGUAGCAUAGCAUUCAUGAAGGUUGUAAUUGUUGACAGAGCCGCUAGAGGUCAGUGUCUCUCUCUGGUAAAACUGACAGAUUCUUCCGGGACUCAAACAUCUGCAGGAGUUUACUCUGUUUUCGCUCUCGUCUGUAUCAAUCAUGUCUUCGGUUCAGAUGUCAGAAGGUUCGGUUCGGGUGGAGAUCUGCGGAGAUCAGCCGCUGUUCUACCGACAGGCGCUUCCGUUGAGCGGUACCGCCGAACUCUGCGUCCUGUUGCUGCACGGGAUCCGGUUCUCAUCGGAAAACUGGUUGAAAAUCGGGACUCUGGAGACUUUAGCUGCCGCGGGUUACCGAGCUGUGGCGAUAGACCUGCCAGGUUUGGGUCAGUCUAAGGCGGCGGAGGCCCCGGCUCCAGUUGGUCAGCUGGCUCCAGCCGUGUUCCUCAGACAGGUGUGUGAGGGUCUGAACACCGGCCCUGUGGUGAUCAUCAGCCCGUCUCUCAGCGGCAUGUACUCGCUGCCGUUCCUCUUCCAGCACUCGGAGCAGGUCAAGGCCUACAUCCCUGUAGCUCCCAUCUGCACAGAGAAGUUCUCAGCAGAGCAGUACAGCAGCAUACAGACUCCAGCUCUUAUAGUUUAUGGAGACCAGGACACUCAGCUUGGUGAAGCGUCGCUAAGCAACUUGAGCCAUCUGCCCAAUCACAAAGUGGUGGUAAUGAAAGGGGCGGGGCAUCCUUGUUACCUUGAUGAUCCAGAGACCUGGCAUAAGGCAAUCCUGGACUUCCUAAAGUUGUUGUGGUCAUAUUAAAAACCCUAACAGAGUAAACGUGUACUAAUUUAAAACAUUAAUUACAUAACUGAUCAAUAUGAAAUACAUUCAAUUUUUUUACUUAAUAACUGAUCAUUAUGUCAGAAACACUCACUUUUUUGCUAUGCAACCUUGCAUAAUCAUCUUUUUUUGCUAUUAUUUGCAAAUGUGGACGCCUGGCACUUGUUGAGAGGUGUGUUGAAGAUUUAAGUCAACUUGACAUGCUGUUUGCAACUCAGUUCACAUAUUUUUGAGUGGAAGAGGAUAGUCAAUGGCUGCAUCCGAAAACUUAGGCAGUUGACUUGUUACCUCGCUGCCUUAUCAGGCAAUGACUCUGCAGGCAGCGUAACAAUUUAAUGAUCUACAGUAAAAUAGAGCGAGCUUUGGUGAUGAAAAGUGAAUAUUUAAUUACUACAAUAAUUUCUCCCUAGAAAUGACAUCAAAAGUGGAAAAUGUUGGUCAAAAAUGUACAUUUACACACAAGCUGACCACCAACCGCAACUUUCAGACGCCAGCUUUAUUUUUUAGCUCAACUGUCACCGAAUGGAAAGCAAAGGAUUGUGGGUUAUCAAAGGCAGUAAAAGAUACAUCGAUACUGCUUUCAAAAAUAUCUCAGGAGACAGGAAGUGAAGCUAACAUUGGAUUCAGUCCAAGUGUGCCACACAAUUGACGGGAAAGCAUUUCAAUCGCCCCCUGGUGGCUGGCUGCAGUAUAGGUCAUAAACCCCACCCUCUCCAUGUAAUUGAAUGGGACGUGAGCCAAACUAAAAAUUCCAAUUACACUUCAAAUCAUUUUUUCCAAAGAUGGUUUAUGUCAUUUUAGGUAGUUCUCAUCACGCAGAUGUAUAUUCAAGUGUUCGUUUUCCCAAUAAGUUUGGUUUUUAGUUAGUUAUAUGAUGCUAUAAAAACAGGGUGUAACGUCAUGAUUGACAGCUGUGCUUGUGAUUGAGUCUGCGGGAGCGGGAGUGUGGGCAGGACCUUGAUGCCACGCUCCACCUCAGGAUCACUACUGCACAGUCUCGGGCUCCGAACUUUUUUUUUUUACAAUCUUAUGAUUCCCAAGAUGCCUUCCUGCCUUGGAAUGCAUUAUCCGAAAGCAGCAUUUUUAAGCUUUCGGAUGCAGCCAAUGAGAAAAUAAUGUAGGCGGGACUUGAUUUUAUCCAUCUGAAACUAACUGGACCAUGAAAAUGCAUGUUGUAGAUCUUAUUGUGAACAAUUUAUCUGUGUAUGCAAUUCAUUUUUUGUUUUUUAAUUUUUUUGACCUCAUAAUGUUUGAUCAAAAUAUAAUAACCAGACAUUGAGUUGAAAAUGACAAACUGGUGAUGUAUGCAGGAGUUCUCCAAUCAUUUAGUCCGCUUAAACCCCGCUUUUGUGUUAAUAUGCUCAACAUUCUUGACUAAAUAGUGCAAUUUUUUACUUUUUUGCUUUUAAAAGACAGAUAAAUAGAAAUUGCAACUAAAAAUCAAUCAUUAAGUAUAUUUUCAACACAUCUUAAGAACGUAGUACAGUAUUUUCAUGUUAAAAUGGGCACCAAUGACUUUGAAUCACAUGUCAGUGUUUAUGUAGCCAUCAAUAAUGAACCUCUAUAACAUGUUGAUCGCACCAGAAAAAUAAACACUACACAAUGCACUGAAGUGAAAAAUAUGAACAUUAUUUAAUAACUGAUUCUCUGUAAUAAACAAUUUGAAAAUAUUUUACAA